UAUUGCUAUCUUUAUUGUUAUCAUGGAUAAUCAUUUCUUGUAAUUAACAAUUUAAUAUAAGAAAUAAGAAAUAUAAUAAUGUGAAAACAUUAAAUACAAAAAAAUUCGAAUAUGCCGCUAUAAUAGCAAAUGAAAGAUUAUUUCCCGCCGUUGGGAAGAAUAGAAAAUCAAUAAUAGUUACCGGCCUUACCGACUUUACGAUGACGAAGACCCUAAACGACGCAGUUUCUCUUUUAUACGUAACCAUCUUUCUCCUUUCCGCGUGUAGAAAAUUCACAAUUCUCCAUCUUUGCUGUACUACAGCGCCGUAUGUCCGCCAUUGGUCAAUCGUCGCUGCCGCCGCAACCGACGCCGCCGCCAUUAUAGAUUCCGUUGUGUGUGACUGAGUCUCGUUCUCCAGGGUUUUCCAGGGAAAACUCUAUUUCUCCUCGACAUUAAAGGUGAAAUAUCUACGUAACGAACGUGUAGAAGAUUUUAAAGAACAUCAAAAUGAAAACAUACAGCAGAAAAAAGGGUGAUAGCACGAGUAACGUAAUCAUUCAUGUGAACGAGCUGUGCCGACUGUGCUUGGCAAAGGAGGAGGAGAUGGUGCCGAUUUACGACGAUGAAACUAUUCCCUUAUCUUUACGAAUAAUGGCUUGUGUUAAUCUGGAGGUUUAUGAAGAAGAUGGUCUUCCAAAUAUGAUUUGUCAUCCAUGCAAAUAUCAAUUAGAAAAAUCCUAUCAAUUUAAAAAAAAAUGUGAAGCUGCUGAUGCAAAACUUCGUAAACAUAUGAAAUUAAUUCAACAAUUAACUGGCCAAAGUGAAGAAGGGGAAAGUCAGGAUAGCAAUAGAGAUGAAUUAAAAGAUUCUUCCAAUAGUGGAAAAUCUAAACAAGUUAAACAAUUAUUGGCUGAUUUAGUUUCAAUUAAAGGUAAUAGUGGACAAAAAGAUGGAGAUCCGAUUGAAGUCACAGAAGAAGAACUUGUUGGUGGUUAUAUUUUAGGAAUGAAUUCUGAAAAUAUAGAGAUGGAAGAAACAAUGUCAGAAGAUCCAGAAAAUAUCACAUUAGUACCUGCAGAGGAACGUGCUGCUAAAGCACGUUGCACAAUACGUACAUCACGUAUUAAACAAGAACAAGAAUCAGAGGAUGAGGCAGAAGAAGUACAAAGAGCAAUUGCAAAUGCUGAUCAUAAAAAUGUUUAUAUGAUGGAAGUUACAAGUAAUAGUUCAAGUCAAGGAGAAACAUUAAAAUUACAACCAAUUGGUGAUACCAUGGUUGAAACAAGUGAAGAAUUAAAAGUAUUUCAAUGUGAUAAAUGUCCAAAAGCAUUCACCAGAAGAAUAAUGUUAAAAAGUCAUCAGUCUGUUCAUUCUACACAAAGAGGUUUUACAUGUCAAGCUUGUGAAAAAUGGUUUCCUACUAGAUCAGCUUUAGUGAGACAUGAACGUACUCAUACAGGUGAAAAACCAUUUGGUUGUAAUAUUUGUCAUCGUGCCUUUGCACAAAAAGAAAUUUUACUUCGCCAUCUCAUGACUCAUUCUGGUCAAAAACCAUUCCAAUGUCAACAUUGUGAUAAAAGUUUUACUCAAAGAGAAGCAUUAAAAGUACAUAUGAGAAGGCAUCAAAAAUUAGAUCCAAAUGAUAUUCAAUUGCAUCAUUGUCAACUUUGUCCUAAAGCUUUCUGUCAUGCAUCUGGACUUAGCAGACAUUUGGUUACACAUACUGGUAGAACAUAUAAAUGUGUAGAAUGUGAAAAAUCUUUUACCGACAAAAGUUCACUAUUAAGACACAGUCGUAUUCAUGCACCUAAAAAAAUAUUAACAAAUUAAAUUUAUCUUAAGAUAUAAAUAUUAUCUCGUUUACAAUAUCAGUCAACAUUAAAUUAAAAUUAUGCAAUAUUUCUAUAAACAUUUUUUUAAUAAUAUAAUUUUUUUUAAUCUCUUAGAAUAAUUUAUAAAACAUAUCUUAACUAUAAUGAUAAUUAUGCACUAAUUUGUUCAUUAUAAUUUCAGAUACAUUUCUAUAUAAUAUUCUAUGUUGAUUAUGUUUUUCUAUAUCUAUAUCAUAUAGAUGAAAUAGAAGGGUAAAAUUUAAUAACAUAUUCUGCUUUUCUUCAGAAUUAAAAAAAAUCUUGUAAACAUAGAUUUAGAAUUUUUUUUAUUUUAAGAUAAAAACAUUUCUUACUUAUUGUAAUUUUAUAUAUUACAAUUUUUUUUUACAUAAUUUUUUCUUUUUAAUUUAUUAUUUAAAUUCAUUAUUCAAAGUUAAAAAAUUUAUAUAAUGUAUAUAAUUUUUUAAAAAGUAAAUUUUUAGCUAUUACAUUGAUAAUAUGACUUAAUUAUUAGUUUAUAUACAAUAAUAUGUUAAGUUUUUUAAUAAUUGCUUAAAAAUAUUUUAAAUAUUAGUAAAAUGAUAGAAAAGAAUUUAUAUAAUUUGUAUGUCCCAUUUUCAAUUUAAAAUUUUAUUUUAUGAUUAUUAGUUUCGAAAAGCUAUUAAAUUAUAUUGCAUAUAACAAAAUUAUCAAUAUUUAAAUAUUUCAAAAUAUUAUGAAACAUUAAUAUAAAAGUUUAUUUUUAUAAAACAAAUAUAAUUUUUAGCAAAGCAUUCAUCUUUCAUCUUAUAUCUUAUAAACAAAAAAUAUUUAUGUCUGAAAGAAAGAACUAUAUUUAUACAUCAUAUCUAUAUUUAUAUGAUUUUUUUAUUCUUAAGAAAAGCAUAAUAUGAUUUCAAAAUUUGAUUAUUUAUUAUUUUGUAUUACAUAUUGGAAUUUUAGUAAUAAUACUAUUUUCAUAUUAUUUUUGUAUAUUUAAAAUCGCAUAAAAAAUUAUAAGUAUAUAAAAUAUAAUUCUUUCAUGAAAUGUAAAGUUUAUAUGUGUAUCUCAAAUUUGAUAUUUUUUUUCUUUUUCAUUAUAUACUAUUAUGUAUAUAUUAUAUUUCAAUAAUGUAUAUUGUUAAAAUUAUGAAUCAGUAUUUUAACAUAUUUUAUAAAAAGUUUUUUCUUUAUUCAUAUUUUCAUGACUGUAUUGUAUAUAAUUCCGUGAAUUUCUAUGUAUAUAUAUAUAUUAUUAUAAGAAUAUAAUUAAAUAUCUUAUAUGUCUUUUUA